AUAGAUUUGCAAUUUCCUGAUUUGAUAUCGCAAAUCCAUCGGGAACAAUCGGGCGAUUAAUAAAAUGCCCGAUACUUCCCGGCAUUCAUCCUACAACUUUGAGUUCUUUACAUUAUUGAAUUUCGUAAGAUAUCAACUCAAUUAAUAAAUUUUUGGAGUUUCGUUUCAAACAUUUCGAAAAUGAAUCCUUGUAAAAUACCUACUGCUGUUGAAGAUAAAGAAGGCGACAACAGAUGGAUAAGUAUUCACAAUCGCUUCCUUUCUGAAACACGAGAGAAGGAUGCAGAUGUUGUAUUUAUAGGCGAUUCGGUAAUACAGGCUUUGCAGCACUGUGAAGCUUGGAACGAACUAUUCGCCCCCUUGCAUUGCUUGAAUUUUGCGAUACAUAGGGAUAAAAUCGAAAAUGUUUUAUGGCGGUUAAAAAAUGGAGAAUUAGACCAUAUACAACCAAAGGUGGUUGUAUUACAUGUCGGGACGAACAAUCACCGCAACACACCAGAAGAAAUAUGUGAUGGCAUUUUAGAAUUAAUAGAUAUAAUAAGAGAGAAAUUGCCAGAGGUUUAUGUAGUUAUCCCAACUCUUCUCCCCAGAGGGCAAUAUCCCAACCUAAUAAGAGACAAAUUAAGCAAAGUUAACGAUUUGUUAGGUGAAAAACUAGUGUGCAAACCAAAGAUAGAGUUCAUAAAAAUCGACAGUGGUUUUGUUUUACCUGAUGGUUCAAUUAGUCAUCAUGAUAUGUAUGAUUAUUUAUUACUCACGAAUUCGGGAUGUCGUAAAGCCUUCAGGCCAGUCCAUGAACUAUUAGUACAAUUAUUAAAUGAGGGUGAGUUGGAAAAGGAUUUGAGUCCUUUAGAUUAGUGGUGAUUUAAUUCUAUGUGGCAGUGCUAGUUUGGGCGUAUUCGACUGGCUGCACCAGUUCGAAUUAAUUUGAAUUUUUGUAGAGCUAAAUGACAUAAUUAGCUCGAAUUAAUUAGCACUGGUGCAGCCAGUCGAAUAUGCUAUCAAGUGUAAUUCAAUAAGUUUUUUCAAUGAAAAAGUAUGUAGGGAAAAAUUUGUUUUCUCAUUGAUUCAUGUUCCUUUUAUUUGAAUUAGUUGAAAAUUUGCAAACAUACUCAUGAGCAGCGGAAGUCCAAUAUCUAAGGGAAAAAAGUUUAGUUUUUGUAUAUUUGUUUUUCGAAUUUAUUGCUGAAUAUUCUCAAUUUUGACUUAGGAUUAAGUGCCGCCGUACACGGAUUGCUUCAAGCAGUCGAGACUGACUGCUUGAAGCCGCAACCGCUUGCUUCGUGAACUAUGGAAGUGGUCGCAACUGCUCAAGCAGUCGUGUGUAGGGCAGCGAAUGAAUGACUAUGCUUCACUGUGCGGUCGCGGCUUCAAGCAGUCGGUCUCUAACUGCUUGAAGCAAUCCGUGUACGACCGUCCUUAGACUGAAUUGUCACAUGUAUUUGAGUGUUUUACAUCAUUUUUCCAAAUAGCAUUUCUUUCAUUUAUAUCAGUUAUGUAAAACAUCACGAAUUUAUUUAUCAUGUAAAAAGAAAACUGAACAAUUGGCUUAAUUUAUUUGCUGAAUUAUCAUUAUUCUCCAUUUAAUUAUGUAUUGAAAUGAUUUGAUCUAUGAAAAUUUCAAAUUUGAAACACAAAUUUUAUACAUAUUCAAUGAGUUUCAAUUGAAGGCCUUAAUGUUUUUAUAUAUAUAUAAUACUUAUGUUAACGAUUAAUUUAUUGAAAUUGUGAUAAUAAUUGCUUUGAAUAUUUUAAGUGCUAGAUUUUAUUUUUUUUUAUCUGAUGCGUCAAAUAAUUUCUUCAGAAUUUCAGCUAGUCUUAUAUGAACAUUUUUUUGAUGUAAUAUAGAGUAUUUGUUUAUCAACUUUAUAUUGAAUGGUAGUUACUAGUUAUAGUUAUUAAUUUUAUCUUAAGCCUUUAUAAUUCCACAUUCCACCAAAGUAGUUGUAUUAAUCAGAUUUUAAUAUUCUGUAGCGAAUCAAAUUUAUUUAUGUAGUUCAUUUUUUGUACAAAUCCAUCUUUGAUUUAACAUUUUCAAUAAUUAUUGCACUAAAUAUAUUUUUAAAGUGUUAUUCACCCUUUUUCCUAAAUGGAGAAAAAAAAAAAGCAAUUAACUACAUUGAAGAUCUCUACUUCAAAUAUCAAACGAAUUUAGCCUAAUAACAUUAAAUAUAUGCAAACAAUCCCUCGGAGAGUAUCUCAUUAAGUUUAAUGGUCCAAUCUCACUUAUAAGAGAUAUUAGAUAUUAAGAGAUUUCCCAAAAAAGCCUUUGAACAGAUUCACAUCAACAAUAAAGAAAGAUAAUUUGUAUGAACGAAGCAGAAAUUUAGUGAAUUUGUAAUUUGGGGCAAUUUCCUGUUUUGGGUGUUAUCAAAGAGUUGCAGUUUUUCAGCCACAAGGCAACAUUCAUUAUGUAGUGACGAUUUGAAGCUUCUGCCUGUGUAUCUCAAAUUCUUAUUUAAAAGUUAAAACUUUAUCAACCUUAAAUACUGUAAAAAAAAAUUAUAUUCUGUGAUAUACAUUUAUAAUGAAUAAUACUCAAUCAAGGAUUUAUAAAUCCUAAAUUUUAAUACUUGGAUUGACACUGUAGUGUCAAUUUGUUUGCACUGUGAAGCAAUGUAAAUAUUUGAAUUUCCGAAUAAAUUUUUAAAAAGAAAAAAAUCGUCU